ACGAGUGACACCGACGUAGUCAAGAUCCAUCGGCUGUUUCGCUCCGUUCGUGCCCAAUUCGUGCUCCAAUCAGCGUGCGCGUCGGAUCUUUCCUAGGAAGUUUCUUCUUCUUCUUCUUCUUCUUCUUCUUCCCCUUCUUUCUCCCUCGUGUUUCUUGGAUUCAUCACGAGGGGAGAGGGAGAGAGAGAGAGAGAGAGAGAGAGGUGGGAGUUGUUUGAAAAACAGUUCUUGGAAGAAAACGGGUGGAGAGGGAGAGAGGGAGAGAGGGUCCACAAAGGAACCAAAACCAGAAAAGAAGAAAGAGAGACAUGUCUUGUUAAUGCGGGCUCCGACCCCUCUGAUAGAUCACGAGCGCACCCAUUAGUGUUUGGCGAGGAAAGAUGGAGUUUUACGAGCACCCAUCGCCUCGGUUCGGUCUGCCAUCGGGUUUCGUAGCCGCGGGUCUCGUCGAGAGGGUCUGGGAGAUGUGCAGCGUGGCGGUUUCUGCGAUUCUGGGCAACGUCGUCUCCGCGAUCUUCACGUUUUUCUUCGCGGUUGUGGGUACCUUACUUGGAGCUAUGACCGGAGCUUUGAUCGGCCAAGAGACGGAGAGCGGAUUCAUUCGAGGUGCCGCAGUUGGAGCCAUUUCCGGGGCUGUCUUCUCUAUUGAAGUCUUUGAGUAUUCCCUUCUUCUCUGGCAAUCAGAUGAAUCUGGUGUGAGGUGUCUUCUCUAUUUGAUCGACGUCAUUGCAAGCCUUUUAAGUGGCAGACUUGUUCGCGAGCGCAUUGGCCCUGCCAUGCUGAGUGCCGUACAAAGUCAGAUGAGUGCUGUGGAACCAAGAUUUGAGGAGUUUCAGAAUAUUUUUGACACCGGCAGCAACGGGGCAAGAGGUUUGCCUGGAGAUUCGGUCGAAAAGAUACCCAAAAUUACGAUUACUAAUGAUAAUAAUGUCGAUUCUUCUGGGGAGAAAGUCUCUUGUUCAGUGUGCCUUCAGGACUUUCAGCUUGGAGAGACGGUUCGGUGCUUGCCUCAAUGUCGUCACAUGUUUCACCUACCUUGCAUCGAUAAAUGGCUCAUCAGACAUGGCUCUUGCCCAUUGUGCCGAAGGGAUCUCUAAUUUUGUAAAUUCUAUAACAAGAAAAGAGUUGCUAAUCUACAUCUUCCAUGCUGCUUGUUUUCAGUGCUUGUUUUUAUUUGACCCUUUUUUAAGCGGGGCAGUGCAUAGGUCCGAGUUUUGUAGAGUUGCUCUGGUAAUGUCAGCAUACUAUAUACCCUGACCAGUAGAUGGUUUUGUAUGACUCUUAUGUACAGAAUUUUUGAUCUCCUACUUUGAUUCUCUUGGUA